AUGGAAGAGUUGCGUAUCUACCAACGCACCCACGCCAUGACCCCACCAACGCAGAUAGGGUACAGCAUGGUAAAACGUGAACGCGUUUUCAUUCCAUCAAAGGACGCUGUUGUACUUCAUCCCACAACCAAUAUUUUGGUUUGCCUUUGGAGUUUUAAUCGUUCGCUACAUGUGACCAUGUAUGUACCCCUGGUGAUUCAGUCGCAGAUGUAUCGCGUCAUAGAGUUUGAGGACAAAUGUGUCGCAGUUGCGCACUCCACCUGGAUGAAGCGUGAAGAUAAAUCUGCUCGGUUACUCCUGGUUGUGCCGCUUCUCACCGUACUAAUCUACUAUCGCAGCUCUAUGUCCGAGGCCUUCGUUACCUUGGCUACAACAGACGAAUAUGUAUGUGGUGCACUGGUCUUGGCUACCUCUCUGCGUGAAGUCAAAACCACGAAGCAAUUAGCAUGUCUUCUAACCAAAGGUGUGUCUCCUCAUAUGCAAGAUCUCUGUCGUCGUAUAUUCGAUUACGUGGAGAUUGUAGAUGUUUUGGACAGUAAGGACGUGGUCAAUCUGACUCUCCUUGCCCGCCCGGAUCUGGGAGUUACCUUCACGAAGCUCCAUUGUUGGCGGCUUACGCAAUAUCAAAAGGCUGUUUUCCUGGAUGCCGAUACUUUGGUUAUCCAGAAUAUUGAUGAUUUGUUUGAACGGGAGGAGCUGAGCGCCGCCCCUGACCCCGGAUGGCCGGACUGUUUCAAUUCUGGCGUUUUUGUUUUCGUACCCAAUAUGGACACAUAUACUAGUCUGUUGAAUUUCGCUGUAACCACUGGCAGUUUUGAUGGCGGUGAUCAGCACUAUCUGCUUCACUCAAAACCGCGAAUAGCUAGUUCCGGAUUUCCCACGUCGAUUUGCGAUCUAGCUGUCACAGGUCCUUAA